AUGUGAUGCAGCAGUGGUGGGGCGGCGCCCUAGCGCCCUCUAUGAGCCGGCCGCUGCUGGUGAGAAUGCAUUUUUGUUCGUUGAUUUGUCACUUUGCCAUUUGCCUGGACAAGGACGUUUGGCCAGCCCAUUUGUUUUGAUACUUCGAUACCGUUUUUUCCUAUGGACUGAGCCCGGACCAUAUUUGAUUGAGUAUUUUGAGGAAAUUCCGCUUGGAACAGGGUAGUUUUCGUAUUGUUUGGACUGGAACCAUUUUUGUUUAAAACAACUUUAGGUUGAGAGCACACUGAUCUGUGACAUUGAAUGUUUAUUGCUUUUUGUGACUGCUGUUAAUGUCAUGUUAUCAUAGCUUGGGUUAAUGCAUCGAUAUAAGUUAUUUUCAAUAUUUUGAAGCGGUGGAUGAAAGGGGUUUAAUGCAUUUGUUAAUAUCAAUAGGAUAAAUCAUAUCUCAGCGCUCAGGUUUAAUAAGUUGGCCAGCGUCGUAACAAGCUUGAACAAUAACCGUGAAAAGUGAACCCAUUGUUGAUUUUGAGUAAAAUGCAAUACUUCCCCCCCCCCCCAAUUGAUUUAGUAUAUGAAAUCACCACUAAUUUGAAACUUUUCAACUAUUGCUUGUACUGUGAAAUUCUUGAUGUUCUCUGCAGUAGGGGCUGUCUCAUCCUCUGCAAGUAAAGUAUAGUCGGUCGGGGAUAUACAGGGUAAGGUGCACAUAGACACUUACGCUUGUGUUAUAUUCUUUAGGUCAUCACUGACAUUUCCAAAUCCGAAAGCCAAAACUAUUUUAUUAUUUUCCUGAAGGCAGAAUAGGGUUGUGACUAGUUGAUCUGAGGGUUAGGGACUCGGAUCAUUUGAUCUCCAGCCGUAUAGUUAACCUUAAAGUCAUUUACCCCUACUAAGCAGGCGUAGGUUCCGUGUGCUACAAUUACAUCACACUAGGUGAGCUUGGCAGAUAUUUCUGUAUGAAUAGAAGAGGACAUUUCAAGCACUGCACAGUUCUGCUCAUGUAGUGAUCUUGACCUUCUGACCUGAACUUCUACCUGCUUACCUGAAGAAUCAUUCAUUACUCUACUUUCACUGUGGGUGAACAAGCUAAGAACAGGUUUAUUAAUCGCUUAUGUGUGAACUGUCUGCUGUGCCAAAGGCCACAGUACAUGUUGUCUCAACACCUGGCCAGGGUCUGUAUGAAAAACAGCACACCACAAGAAAGAGCGUCUGAGGUGCAGAAGGCCAGGGAUUCCACCAAGAAUUGGACCCGGACCAGGAAUUGGGAUUACAACCGUAUCUCUGAGAUGCUGCCCCACCUGGAAUGUCGUUCAGCCCUGGUGCAGGAGCUUCUUGGGAGGGAGUCAGAAACAUGCCCCCUGAGACCAUGGUCGUAGACUCUGCAGGUGACGGCACCUCAGCAACUGUGUGUUGGCACCUUUCCCCCCUCUUCACCACUAGGGACUGAUGACAGCAACAUAUUCUCUUCUGAUCUGGAUGAGAGGACAGGAGACCCUUCCUCGCAAAAUGUGCGUGGGAAAAUGCUAAAAGCGGGUCUACAUUCAAAGUUCCCUGAUGAUGCCAGUCUCAUUUUGGACUUCAAAAGGUACCUCACAGACAGUCUCAGCAUCACCAACUCUCAACAGGAAGUUGACAAUGUGUCACGCUUCCUGCGCUAUUUGCAGCCCAAGGGGGAUGAACCAAAUCUGAAUUUCUUCAAAAAGACCAUAGAGACACAAGAUUACUUGACAAAACUACGACUGACAGACAUGAGCGCAGCCAACAUUAUGUACUACAUCCAGAGCAUGAUACGGUUCGUCGGCUUCCUUACGAUAAAGCUGGAUCCGGGAAAGGAAGGCGCAGAGCUCCACUCCAUGUGCCAAGCGUACAAGGAGCUGCUGCUGUCACUGAAGAAGGCGGUUGCCAAGGCUCAUUUAAAUGAAGUGGUCACCAUGAAAAACAAUCGAUUAUCCAAUUGCCAGCGCAGCGUUGCAGAUUGCCAGGAAAUUUUAAAGGUUGCAAAGGCAGACUUCCUCUACAUCUUCAAGAAGUCAGUGGAUGAAUCCCAUGUCUUAGACAGUGAAAAGACGUCAUUCCGCUAUUACUGUGAAGCGGUCAUGGUGUUUCGUCACUUUCAGCUCCCUGGAGCUGUGGAGGGUAUGACUGUGAAAGAGUGGAAGACUAGAAAGCAUGUUGGUAGCAGGGCUGUGAUUGGCAUCUGUCACCACACAACACAACAGAUCGUCACACUUGCCUUGUCACUGGAGGAGGGAGCCUGGUUACAGGCGUACUACGAUAACAUUCGCUGUGGAUACCUCAAGGAUAGUUGCAAAAAGUUUUUCAUUUCAUCCCAUGGCAAACCUCUUCACAAGGUCACAAACGACGUCUAUCGACUCCAUGAAAUCUACAAACUCCAACCUGUCAGUAGUAUUGAGGUCCGAAGGGCUGCCAAGACAGAAGCAUCAGCAACAUUUAUGGAGAACCAAAAGGAGGGUUUGGCACAUCACAUGGCCCAUAACAGUUUUCUGGCCAACCAGCAUAAUGGUAUGCGAUUGCCAAGGGUUAUGUUGGCCAGAGCUCUAAUGCUUGAAUCCUUAAUUGACACUUCAGAGACCUGCCCUCCAUCAAGUAAGGACGACCAGCCUUCCGAGUCUACCGAAAAAUACUUUUCUACCUUCAUCACCACAUUCCAAGUUUCCACUGAAGGCCAGCCACCAGGCAAAAGGAAGAGGGUCGCUGCAGGGUUCCCAGAAUCCUCCCAGGAUCUCCAGAGACAGGAACAUCUGCUGUCAAAAUACAUCCAUCAGAAACCAUCUGUCAGGAAAUUGGAUAGGCAUAUUAAGAAGCAGGGGUGGACAGCCAACCAUCCAACUGGAGAAGAGAUCCGGCAGAUGUGGAAACCAGCCUCCAAACUGUCCAUUGAGGGUGAUGCUCACACCUACAAGAAAACAAUUAAGCAGAAUUGGAAAGGCCUGGUCAUCCAAGACUUUGGUGGAAAGAAAGGGCUAAGAGUGGUUACAACCAAGCAUUUAGCCGAAGGUGCAAUUGUCUGUGAUUACCAUGGAAUCAUUACCACAGCUGCUGAGGGGAGAGAAAUGAUGAGCCACUACUCAGAAGAAGACUUGCGUGGCCUGUUUUUCUUCAGAGCUGGGCAGACGGAACUCUGCAUUGAUGGCCACAGUCCAUGUGAGUGUCACGGAGCAGACACUUUUGGAAGAAGGAUCAAGCAUUCUUCAAAAAAGAGCAACUUGAAGCCACUUCACUGCGUCUUCAACACAGGAGAAGGUGAAAAGCAAGCCAUCCUCUUCAGGGCUGUGAAGGACAUUGACACAAACACUGAACUUUCUUUUGACCACGGUGCCAAGAGGAAGUUCUUCCGAGGAGAGGGCCUGGACCUGAAAUGGCUGGAUGAGUAGAAUACUCAUGUGGAUGAGAGGACUUAACAUCUUGUUGUUACAACAUCAACAGGCCCAGUGUGUAUCCCAGUACUGGAUACCUGCUGGAGCUAACAAUACAGGUACAUGUAAAUAGUUGUU